AUGGCUGGCGUACUGGUUGCAGCGGCGGUCCAUCGUUUCACGGUGCUACAGCAGCAGCAGCAAGAUGGAAGAAAGAGCAUACUAGACAACACUGGCUCUCCGUUCGACAAGCUCAACUCUGCCCUGGACCGGGAACUCGUUGGCAUGAUCUAUCCAGGCAAAGAUGCGAUUUCCGUCAAAUCAAUAUGGAUUGCGUUUUCCGGUCUAUACCUCGUCGCCCUUGGUAUAUUGGGACUUGCAGCCAAGUCAGAUAGCGACAGCCGCGCCUACGACGCCUAUCACCCCUAUGCAAGCCCUUGGGCGGUCCUGGCAAUAUUGGCCGUCCGGAAUUGUCACCGUUGGCUGAGGCAGCGUCAGAUGGCUGGAGCUAUAGCGCUUGGUCGCAUCUCCUUGGAGACAUCUCUCCUGAAGAAUCACAUCUGGCUGGCUGGUGACGGGACGAGCAUCCUCCGGAUCGGCUCAGCAGGCCGGUAUGGAAUCAUGGCCAGUUCGCUCGCCAGACCGGCAGAGCUGACGGUCCUAACUAUUGUGUUCCUGUGGGCAGCUAUCAGAUGCAGGCAUUCUACGCAAAAGAUCGCACAAUGGCUUGGGCCAAAGGCGGGCGACCAAGGGUCAUUGAUCAAAGUUCGGCGAGCGUCGCAGGACACGAGCGGCAGGCUCAAUGAGGCAGCUGCUGGCCAAUCAUGGCAGGAUGUCGAUGCUGAGGAAGCAGGAGUUCGAAGUGAAGACACAGCCAUUCCGGAAAGCGAUCUCAAGUGGAAGGUUGCGGGGAUUAUGGGAGUUCUCUGGCUUGGUAACAUGGCGUACGGAGAUCACUAA